AUGGCAACAUUCGAAAAAAUCGAAAAAGAAUUAAAUGAUGCAAAGGAUAGAUUGAAUAAGGCGGAGGAGAAGUUGAAGGAAUUCGAAGAGGGGUGGAAAGAAAAAAAAAUAUGGGAGUUGGAGAAGAAGUUGGAUGACGGAGAAGAAAGGAAUGAGGAGCAGAGGAAAGUGUGGGAAAGACUGAGAGACGAGUUGAAGGAAGAAAAGAAGGAGUUGAAGACGACGAAAGUGAAGUGGAAGGACCAAACGAUAAAGUCGCUGGAUAAAUUAAUUGAAUUCAAUGAAGAAAAAGAACGUUUAAGCCUAGAAGAAUAUUUAUCACGUACUCCGCCAUAUUUCGCAUAUUCUCCACAUAGCACUACUUCGAAAAGUUCCACAAUAGCAGUCGGCAUUCCUCCGGAUGAAGUAAAAAUUUGGAAAGAUUUUUUCGAAAACGCUAUGAAUGUUAAUAUUUGCAUACCGUUGAACAGGGUCAACUCUAGUUAUGAGUUUACAAUGCGAAAAGUUGCUGGUGUUGGGGACCCAGAUUUCGUUUGCCACAAAAAAGAUGGUGAUGUAUUGAUCUUAGCAAUCGAAAUCAAGAUUUUAAAACACAUCAAACCUGGCCAAACAUUACCUGAACUCUACAAAGAGGAUUCUAAAGCGAAGAUGGUUAUACAGACAACUCUACAACUACUUAUCAGAAAACGAACUUAA